UUGGAAAGGGGAGAAAACCUGUUUGUGCAUAACAUGAAUGCCCAGUGCCUACAGAAGCCAGGAGAGGACAAUGGAUCCCCCGGAACUGGAGCUGUGCAUUGUUAUAAAAUUAUCCAAAGAAAAAGUCUCAAAAUUGUCUCUUCUGAGUCUCGUGUUAAGUAUUACUGCUGCUGUGGAGUGAUCCUGGUCCUCAUUGCAACUGUAGUUGCUCUUUCUGGUGCUUUGCCAGUGAGAACGACUGAACUGAUCUCAAGCAAAAAUAAUACCUAUUCUGCUUGCCCAAGCAACUGGACACUAUUUGAAACAAAAUGUUUUUAUUUUUCUGAAACCUCAAGUAACUGGACAUCCAGCCAGAACUUCUGCAUGGCACAAGGUGCCCAACUAGCUCGAUUUGACAACCUGGAGGAGUUGACUUUUCUGAAUAUAUCCAAGGAGCAUUACUGGAUCGGUCUGUACAGAGAGUCGACAAAGCACCCAUGGAGGUGGACAGAUAAUACCGAAUAUAACCACUUGUUUUCCAUCCGAGGAGAUGAAAAUUAUGGCUUCCUGAGUGACAAUGGAAUCAGCAGUAGCAGGGUCUACAUUAAAAGGAAGUGGAUUUGUAGCAAGUCCGUCGACACCUUACAGAGCCAUUAGACCUGUACCUGGGAAGAGAGCAUAUCACAGCACAUCCUGAGGAACACAGCAUGUUAUCUACUGUUGCAGCCUCAUUAUGAUCUACUAAAAUCAUCAUCACGAUCCAUGCAUAAUGCAUGUGGCAUCAAAGAUGACAACUCUCCUUGAGGAGAGUUGUGUGUGCUUGGGAGAUCUUUAAUUCUAAAUUAAAUAGGUAUUUGGCUGGCACUGAUAUCUUUUUUUUUUUUUUUUUUUUGGUUUUUUGGAUUUGGUUUUUUUCGAGACAGGGUUUCUCUGUAUAUCCCUGGCUGUCCUGAAACUCACUCUGUAGACCAGGCUAGCCUCGAACUCAGAAAUCCGCCUGCCUCUGCCUCCCAGAGUGCUGGGAUUACAGGCGUGCGCCACCACCGCC